AUGACGGACAACACUCCACCAGGCGGCUCCAGUAGCAACACCAACCCGUCAUCAGAUCCAAACUCACCAUUUUACAUUCAUCCCACUGAUUAUCCACGACAAGUUCACGUCAAUGAAAACCUUGGUGACAACAAUUAUGCUAACCGGUCCAUGGAGAUGAAAGAUUUCCUCCUAGAAAAGAAUAGGGUCGGCUUCAUUGAUGGAACCAUUGCAAAACCGACUGAAGGAAAGAAUGAAUAUAGGGUCUGGCAACGAAUUGAUGCCUUGAUAAAGGGAUGGCCUACUAUAGUCAUGGAGAAGAAUAUUCGGAAUAGUGUAAAAUACGCUACCACCACCAAGGAGAUAUGGGAUGAUCUUGAAGAAAGGUUUGGAAAGGAAAGUACAACACACUCUUAUGAAUUAAAAUGUGACCUAACAACACUCAAACAAGAAGCUGAUUCUGUUUCAACCUACUUCACGAAGAUGAGGGCGAUCUGGGAUGAAAUUUUCUCUGUUUCACCGACACCAACUUACACUUGUGGCAAUUGCACCUGCGACAUUGGAAAAAGAUUCGUUGAAUCAAGAGACAAGGAACGUGUUUACGAGUUCCCAAUGGGUCUUAAAGACACUUUUAAAACUAUUAAAACUAAGAUCCUUAGCACUAAACCCAUGCCCUUACUUGGAUCUACUUACCACUUGGUUUCAGAGGAUGAACAACAUCGAAAUAUCUCAACUGCAAGAAAACCCAAUGUAGACGCAUCAACUUAUCAGAUGUGUGCUCAGAUACCACCGACAAGAACUUGGUUAAGAAAAAAACACUAA